UGAAAAAGUCGGAGUAGAAUCCAUUGUGGUGCUUGCUUGGGCGCCUGAGAGGAGCAAGUUGAAGUGAGAUGAGGACAUAAAUCGAUUUCUUCUUGAGGGAAUGCAUCGGAAAGGAAUAAAGAAACGGAAUUAUAACGUGCAAAACAAGAUUUUUUAUUUUAAUAACGAAACACGAUAACGUUUCAGCACAGCCUGGAGGAGGAUGAGUUAACCGACGCUGCAAAUGUUGAUUUUUCAGAAAACGAGCAUAUAAUUGGAACCUUUGAGUUUGAACCGGGACAGUGUGUCAAGAUCAAAGCUUCGACGUGUUCAUCUGGUGGGAGAGUAUGCCCACCACCAGCAAAAUAUCUGGUGUGAAAAGCCCCAGGAAUCCGGCAGUCUUGAUUUGAUCGCUGAACACAUCCCUCUCUGCUGGGUGUGGACAGGAGCUAGACUCUCAUGCUUGUUCCAGCUUGUCUGUCUCACCUGCUUUAAAGAGCUGGGGGUUGAACCUGGACAGCCUGCUCAGCAGUGAUUUGACGCGGCGGGCUGGCGGAACUCCACGGAACAUGGGAGAGUGGGGUCUUGGAGAGCUUGGCAGCAGAGCACUCCAGUGGCCCCACCCCAGUGAAGGCCUUUAAAUGAGGAUACAUCACACAGAGAUGACAAAGCAGUGACCCUCCCCCUUCCCCCCCCCACCCCGCUCCCCCAGACCAGACUUUACCCACCGCCCCCCAGUUCCCCGUGUUACGCGAGAACAUGCUGCGUUUUCUCUCCCUCAAAUUUGGCCGUCUGUACCGAUGCCUGAAGUUCCUGCUGGUGGUGGGCCUCUUCGUCAUCCUAGUGAUGAACACGCACAACCUGUUCGCCUCCUUCCAGAGGAACGAGCUCACCGACCGGCGCUUCAUCAACCUCAACAAGUGCCCCGCCUGCUUCGGCACCAGCUGGUGCCGCAAGUUCAUGAAUGGGCAGGUCUCCUUCGAGACGUGGGGGCGGCUGCGCUUCCUGGACUUCUUCAACGUCAAAAACGUCCACUUUGCACAGUACGGGGAGCCCAGGGAGGGAACCCGCCGGAUCGUCCUCAAGCGGCUGGGCUCCAACCAGGAGCUGGCCGACAUCGACCAGAAGAUCUGCAAGCGGGCCACGGGGCGACCUCGAUGUGACAUCGUCCAGGCCAUGUACAAGACCGAGUUCGCCCGCCUCAACGGGGACGUCAGGCUGCUCACGCCGGAUGUGGUGGAGGGCUGGUCGGACCUGGUGCACUGCCCGUCCCAAAGGCUGCUGGACCGGGUGGUGCGGAGGUACGCCGAGACUAAAGAUUCAGGAAGUUUCCUUCUCAAGAACCUCAAGGACACAGAACGGAUGCAGCUGCUCAUGACCCUAGCCUUUAAUCCAGAGCCCUUGGUUCUCCAGAGCUUUCCGUCUGACGAGGGUUGGCCGUUCCCGAAGUACCUGGGCGCGUGCGGGAGGAUGGUGGCGGUCAACUAUGUCGGAGAGGAGCUGUGGAGCUUCUACAACGCCCCCUGGGAGCAGCGGGUGGACCUGGCCAGGCAGCUGAUGGACAUCGCCGAGCAGCUGACCAACAACGACUUCGACUUCGCGCUCUACCUGCUGGACGUCAGCUUCGACAACUUCGCCGUCGGGCCACGGGACGGCAAGGUCAUCGUCGUAGAUGCCGAAAACGUCAUCGUGGCAGACAAGCGGCUGAUUAAGCAGAAUAAGCCGGAGAACUACGACGUGUGGUACGAGAGCCGCGUGGAGGACUGCGACAAGGAGGCCUGCCUGUCCUUCUCGAAGGACAUCCUGUGCUCGCGCGUCACCGUCGACCACAACUACUACGCCGUCUGCCAGAACCUGCUCUCCAGGCACUCCGCCUGGCGCGGCACCACCGGCGGGCUCCUGCACGACCCGCCGGCGGAUGUGGUCAGGGACGGGCGCCUGGAGGCCCUGCUGGACGAGUGCACCAGGCCCAAAAAACAGUACGGCCGCUACCAGGCGGCCAAGGAGUUGCGCGAGUACCUGGCGCAGCUGAGCAAUAACGCGAGGUAAUGAACGGGGUGGAUUCGCGCUCCGGCGGCUCCCCCCCCCCCCCCCUCCCACCCCCCCACGACCGUCAACCCCCUUUUCUCAGCACCACCACGGCAACAGCGACAGACUUGACUUUCCAAGGUGACGGACUCCGAUGGGUUUCCCCCGCUCCCCAUGUUAUUUGUGUUGCUUUUUUUGGCGUUGUUUAAUUCACGCCCGUCGGACAGAGGAGGUCGUCAGAGGGGUCGUCCAAAGAUGAGACGGCCGGAGGACUGCGACGGGAGAGAGUUUGUGGUGCGGGAGGGGGAGGGGGAGGGGCGAGCGCGCACUCGACGGCGCGAGAAUUUAAAAGGCGGGGUGGCCUCGCGACGUGACCUCGAUCGUUAACGGAACGGGGCAGCGCCGCCCGCCCGCUAGCCCGAGGCCCGCCUCUGACCAACAUUUGGCCGGGGCGCUUUGGCGGUGCCGAUAUUUCAAUUUUAUGUCGGCCCACAAAAAGCGCCGGACCGUUCGGCCCGAAGUACUGAAGACGUACGUCGCUGUUCAUUGACGCCGAAAUGGGUUCUGCCGGUUUUCGAUUUCCUGCUAAAUCGAAAUGGACUCUCAUUUGGUACCGUGGAGUUGGUGGAGGACUCGCAGAAAUUCUGUCACUGUUGGCUGGAGUGAAACAAUCGGCCCCCUGUCUCCUGUGUCCUAGAGCUUGGCAAUCAGAAUUUUAGAGGACACGAGAGACCUGGGGGGGGGGAAACUUUAAGUAGAAAACUGUAAGGGAAUCCUGAAUGUGCAUAUAUUGCAUAUACCAAAGAAUCUGCCUGUAUGUAACGUGGUCCCCGGUUACACUCUGCAAUGCCAUACUUGUUCCUCACAGAACAGUUGUAACUGACGUAAGGAAUCCGUCUCGACGAGUAGAGGGAGAACUGCUUUUCCUGCAAGACCAGGUCCGCUUCUCUGCAUCCUGGGAAAAGCAAGAGAGUGGGGAGGGGGGUUGGGGGGGGCGGGCGGGGUUGUAUGACUCUGAAGCGGUGCCUUUCAUCCAGAUUGUACACAGGCACUAGAUUCAAAUAGGCUUUUAUACACCACUGGGGUUCUCAGUGUUCUCAGAGAGUAGCAGGCUUUUUGAAAAAGGGAAUUAUGUAUAUCCGCAAAAUAAAACUGAUUUUCCCAACCGUC